AUGGCCGGGCUGACCCUGUUUGUGGGCCGCCUCCCGCCCUCGGCUCGCAGCGAGCAGCUGGAGGAGCUAUUCAGUCAGGUGGGGCCGGUCAAGCAGUGCUUCGUGGUGACUGAAAAAGGGAGUAAGGCAUGUCGAGGCUUCGGCUAUGUCACUUUUUCUAUGUUGGAGGAUGUUCAGAGGGCCCUCAAGGAGAUUACUACCUUUGAAGGCUGCAAGAUCAACGUGACCAUUGCCAAGAAAAAACUGAGAAAUAAGUCCAAGGAAAAGGGGAAAACUGAAAAUUCAGAGUCCCCAGAAAAGGAGCUGAAGCCUAAAAAAGCCAAAGUGGCCGAUAAGAAAGCCAGAUUAAUUAUUCGAAACCUGAGCUUUAAGUGCUCAGAAGAUGACUUGAAGACAGUAUUUUCUCAGUUUGGAACUAUCCUGGAAGUAAACAUCCCCAGGAAACCAGAUGGAAAGAUGCGUGGUUUUGCUUUUGUUCAGUUUAAAAACCUCCUGGAAGCAGGAAAGGCUCUCAAAGGCAUGAACAUGAAAGAGAUAAAAGGGCGGACAGUGGCUGUGGAUUGGGCCGUGGCAAAGGAUAAAUAUAAAAACACACAGUCUGCUUCUGUCCCAGGUGAGAAGAGGCCUGAACCUGAACAUCAGGAAUUGGGUCAAGAGAAUGGCAGGGAAGAAGAGGAUAUGGAGGAGGAGGAGAAUGAGAGUGAUUAUGAUGAUGACGAGGAGGAGGAGGAGGAUAAAGAAUCAAAGCUGCCCAAGCCUGUACAGAUUCACAAGAGAGCAGUCAAGAGGCCAGCACCUGUAGAAAGCAGUGACGAGGAGCAUUCUGAUGACGACAGCGACCUGGAGGAAAGAGAUAGUAUUGAUGGUGGAGAGGACCUGGCUCAAAGUGAUACCAGCAGUGAAGAGCAAGAGGAGGAAGAAGUCUCAAAGAAGAAGAAGAAGAAGAGGAAAUUACCUUCUGAUGUGAAUGAAGGGAAGACUGUCUUUAUCAGAAACCUGUCCUUCGACUCAGAGGAAGAAGACCUUGGGGAGCUCCUGCAGCAAUUUGGAGAUCUUAAAUAUGUCCGUAUCGUCUUGCAUCCAGACACAGAACAUUCUAAAGGCUGUGCGUUUGCCCAGUUCAUGACUCAAGAAGCAGCCCAGAAAUGCCUUGAAGCUGCUUUUCCAGAGGCCGAGGGUGGUGGACUUAAACUGGAUGGCCGGCAGCUUAAGGUUGACUUGGCAGUGACCCGUGAUGAGGCUGCAAAACUCCGGACAAAGAAGGUGAAGAAGCCAACUGGGACCCGUAACCUCUACCUGGCCCGAGAAGGCUUGAUUCGUGCUGGGACGAAGGCUGCAGAGGGUGUGAGUGCUGCAGAUAUGGCCAAGAGAGAACGAUUCGAGCUGCUGAAGCAUCAGAAACUCAAGGACCAAAAUAUCUUUGUCUCCCGGACCAGGCUGUGCCUGCACAAUCUCCCAAAGGCCGUGGAUGACAAGCAGCUCAGAAAGCUGCUGCUGAAUGCCACCAGAGGGGAGAAGGCGGUGCGCAUCAAGGAGUGUCGGGUGAUGCGAGACCUGAAAGGCGCUUAUGGGAAAAUUAAGGGUCAGUCCUUGGGCUACGCCUUUGCAGAGUUCCAGGAGCACGAGCAUGCCCUGGCAGCCCUACGCCGCAUCAACAACAAUCCGGAGAUCUUCGGGCCUCAGAAAAGACCAAUAGUGGAGUUCUCUUUGGAAGAUCGAAGGAAACUUAAAGUCAAGGAACUGAGGAUCCAGCGCAGCCAGCAAAAAGUGAAAUCCAAGCCUGGAACUGGUGAGCCCCAGCAGGUACCGCCAGAGCCUGGGAAAAAGCAGCAACAGAAAGCAGCUCAGAACCACAUGCAGGAGCAAGGCCAGGUCUCCGUGCAGCGGAAGGGGCCGGCGGGCUCUGUCUCGUGGGCAGGGUUCCAGACCCAGGCCAAAGUGGAGCACGUGGAACUGCCUGAUGGGAAGAAGAGAAGAAAGGUCCUGGCGCUCCCUUCACACCGAGGCCCCAAAAUCAGGUUGCGGGACAAAGGCAAAAUGAAGCCUCUCCCUCCCAAGAAGCCAAAGCCCCAGACAAACCACCAGAAACAAGAGAAGCAGAAAUUAUCUUCCAAGCAGGUACCUAGAAGAAAAGCUAAAGGAAAUAAGACGGAAGUUCGCUUCAACCAGCUGGUGGAACAAUAUAAGCAGAAAUUAUUGGGACCUUCUAAAGGAGCUCCUCUUGCAAAGCGGAGCAAAUGGUUUGACAGUUGA